AUAUAAACCAUUAACACCUGCGCGGCUGCGCUUAACGGAAACACUCUAGUCUCUUUACAAAUGAUCCAAUAAAUUCUUCAACAAACCGUUAUGGGAGCAUAUCUAAGCACGCCUGCAACUGAAAAAUUUUCCCUGGAUGGUGAGAAUGAGAACCUAAAAUAUGGGUUAUCGUCGAUGCAGGGGUGGCGUACAUCGAUGGAAGAUGCUCAUGCCGCUUAUCUUGAUUUGGACUGUUCAACAUCUUUCUUUGGUGUUUAUGAUGGCCAUGGAGGUCAGGCUGUCUCUAAGUUCUGUGCGAAGUACCUUCACCAACAAUUGAUCAAGCAUGAAGCUUAUGCUUCUGGUGAUAUCGGCAUUGCUGCUCAGAAAUCCUUCCUCAGAAUGGAUGAAAUGAUGUGUGGACAACGUGGGUGGAGAGAGUUAGCUGAAUUAGAGGAUAAAGAAGAUCAGAUCGGUGGUAUGAUAGAUAUGGAUGGAAUAGUGAAGUCCCCUAAUAGUGGCGAACUAAAGGAUAAUGAAGAUGACUGGUCUGUUGAGGAGGGACCACAUUCUAACUAUCAAGGGCCGACUUGUGGUAGCACUGCUUGUGUAGCAAUCAUCCGUAAUGACCAGCUUGUUGUAGCCAAUUCUGGUGAUUCUCGUUGUGUGAUAUCUCGGAAGGGUCAGGCACAUAAUUUGUCAAAAGACCACAAGCCUAAUCUUGAUUCUGAGAAAGAAAGAAUAAAAAAAGCUGGUGGUUUUAUACACGCUGGCCGAGUUAACGGGACUCUAAACUUGACUAGGGCUAUAGGUGAUGUGGGAAUGAAGAAAGAUAAAUCUCUGCCUGCUGAAAGUCAAAUUCUAACUGCCAAUCCUGAUAUAAACACGGUUGAGCUUUGCGAGGAUGAUGAUUUUCUUGUUCUUGCCUCUGAUGGAAUAUGGGAUUGCAUGUCAAGCCAACAACUGGUUGACUUUGUACAGGAGCAAUUGAAAACUGAAAGUAAGUUGUCAGCAAUCUGUGAGAAGGUAUUCGACAGGUGUUUGGCACCCGCCUGUGGUGGUGAAGGUUGUGACAACAUGACAAUGAUUUUGGUUCAGUUUAAAAGUAUCCCCAACUCUGCUUCUUCUACUUCAAAAAACCCUUCAACUGAUGCAUCAUCUGAAUCACCUGACAGCAUAGACAAAACUGAAUGAAGAUAGUUGUAAACUCUAUAGUUUAACUCAACAUGUAGAAAUUUCUUAUCGAUGGCUUUUAGGGUAAACUUGUGCAUUUGUACUUAUAAGCAUCCUUUUAAGUGAUCGAUUACAGAAUCUGAUAGUGAAAUAUAACAUUCUUUCACUUCGAUAGGUUACAAUGCUUGAUUGUGUAUAAAUCAUUUUUUUUUUGUUAUGAUAGUGAAGCGUUUGCGUCA